UCAAGGAUGUCCUUCCGAAACUUUCUUAUCCUGACUGUGAUACUUUACACCUUUCCUCAACAAGGUUUUUCAGCUGCGCCAGGUACACUCACCCCCAGUGUUGCUGUGAAACCUGCAUACUCAUCCGUGACUGACCUUUACAUUGGGUCAAAGGUCGAAUUCACUCUCACCGUGGGAUUUCCCGCCGGAACUACAGCGGGUGUAGUAGUGGAGAUUCUGCCCUCCACAAACGUGACAGUGAUGGCAGUCGGCGAUGUGAAUAUGACUAGAGGUAGCAAUCUGGAUAUUGACCCGAACAUGAAGAUGGUGUACCACCCAACAGAGGACUCAAAAGACACUGCCUUUAAAAUCUAUACACGCGGUGUAUACAAUUUUUCGAACGUAUAUAACAGCGAGACGUCUGGGACAGACGCGGAAAACAAUCUUGUAAUUAACUAUGAAGCUUUUGUGGUAUCGCUGGACGGGAUAUCAGAUGGCGCUACCCACUGGGUCAGCGCUGGGAUUGAAUAUAAUAACAGCUACAACGUAUGGAUAGGUCAGGUGUCUUACAUCAUGAGGUCAGCCACCAACCCUCCUGUGUCGAAGACGCCCGUAUAUAACUUGACCUACCCCUCCAGUGCUACCACUCUGAACAAAGGGGAGACGUUGAAGGUGGUGUUUGAGACAUGGAUGCCCUAUCCUAGCCCCGAUAUUGCAGCGGAGGCCAUUAACCUCCACAGCGACACCACCAACAAUGACGUAAAGGUGGUCUCAUUACAUGUAAAGUCUAUAGGUCGAAACAUCGACGGAACAACAGAGGCACCGCAGGUAAAUUUAGAAAAGAUGACGUCAUCGGCAGUUUUAUGUAACUCUAGCUGGGCGGGUUCAAGACGUGUUCGACUGGUUCUACCAACAACUCUCACAAAUAAAGAGUCACGCUCGGCAUCUCCUGCCAACUCAACUGUAGACGACAGAAUAGAAUUCGAGGCUGUUAUAUUAAUGACAGAUGAUGCAGUAGAAGGUGAUGAAUAUCCGAUCGGGUUCGGAAUUGAGGUGGAUACGGCUGAAGUUUGGGUCUCCUACUUCAACCUUACGGCAGGCCCAGCAAGUGGAUCCCAACCGAGCAUGUCGAUGGCCAUUGCUGGUGUUAACAGUACAGCCUGCGUCAGUGCUGUAACAGAUUUCGUUGUAAAUAUCACGACAGUAGAAACCGGGAUUACAGUUUUCUCUCUUACGGUCGAAGUGGUGGAAAGUACGGCUCUUCCGGCUGGAGUAAUGGUGGCCCAUAUGGAGGUCAUAGAAAGUGGACAAAAUAUACUUUGCUCAGAGACCAAUCUCACCAAAGAGAGCACCACCUCCAACACCGUGGUAGAAAACUCCGCCACAAUGACAUUUAACAUCAGUAAUUUUGGGACGAUGAGCCAUAUAGGAGGAAAUAACACAAUUACAGUCAAAGUUUAUUUGGUGCCGUUACCAGGAUUUGUGUCAACUGGGCAGAAACAUAAAAUUAAUGUCGGGCUUAGUGGUCAUACAACUGUAAAUGAUAAUACAAAUGAACUGGACAUCGUGUGUGAAUAUCCACCAGAUGCACCCGUUGACUUUUCAUUCAACUUUUUCCACAACUGCACCAAAAACUGUCUGACAAGAGGAUCCGUGUUCGAAUUCUUCCUGGACAUCUCUACAGAGAGGAACAAAAAUCCAGGCCAGGUGAACGUUGAGCUGGCGGUGCCUACCAAUGAUAGCGAGUCUUUCUUUGUCAUCUGUGGCUACGACAUACAGAAGAUCGGAUCCAACCUGAAGUGUAUCAACAACGCCACGAUCAUGGAAGCCACGAACACGACAGUUUUGUCUGAUGGAACCUACUCCAAAGUGAACGUAAUUUUUCCGGUGAUGUGUAAUCUUGGAAUCGUAAACGACACAGAAGAAGACAAAGUCCAAAUUCGGCUAACAAUAAAAAUUCGGAAUGACACAUCUGUAAAUUCGAGUAGGGAUGAAUGGUUCGGACUGGGGUCUCGAUACAGUACAACCCAAGUGUGGGUCGGGCAGUACAAAAUCUGCAUCCGGGCACCAGACUACUACGCAGACCUCGCUAAGAUCCAUGGUGUAGCUAUUGACUCUUCAGACCUAAGUGGAACGGUCUUUCCAGGAGUACGGGGAAUCGAAUACAGCUUUGACGGCGUAGAUUUUAAGGACAAACCAGUAACUUUCACGCCUGAUGGUGCAAAUGCCUCUGUUUACAAUAUCGACAAACCUUUCAUCACAAGUUAUGUGGGAAUGACGAACCUGCCCAAUGAAUCCUGCAAACAAAGCUGCUAUGUCAACCAUGAAAUGGUAGUCACUAAACUUGACGGUUACAUUGAUAUCUUUAACGACGAGUCUGGGACCCUGAAAUCCAAAAUUCCCUAUGCGCUGGACGGUGAUAAUAGCACCUGUUUUGAUCUUCCAGUACAAGGCGAAACUCCACCUUUGUUCUGGACGAGGAUGAAUACAUCGGUAAUCCUCGGAAUAAAUGCCUCACAGUUUGAUAUCAUAAUAUCAGGCGAAGGAAUAUCCUGUGCAAGACACUCAAACAACAGGGUUCUACAGGUGACUACUCCCGCGUCAUUACAGGUUUCCUACCCAGAAUCCAGUUCUGUCGGCAAAUUCCAUGGCAACAUUCAAUUCUGCAACCUGACGGCUGAUAAUGCAGUGCCCAACAGUUUCUCCACAUGUGGCUUCCGAUGCAGCUGUCCGGACGCCCCACACUGCGAGGAGGUCAUUGUGUUUUUAGCAAAUAAUGAGAAUGGAGCCACCUGGAAGUUGUGCGAGAUCUCAGCAACAAAUUACUGAUCAACCAAUCAGGACCCGCUGUCCUGAUCACGUGACACCGUCCAUAACUAAGUAGUUUUAUAUUUUGAAUCUUACGAGUUGCUUGUAUCAUCAUUGAAUAGAAGUACAAAAAAUUGUUUAAGAUAUAAAUCAACUUGAGAGAAAAAAUAGUGAUCGAGCUCAUCUAACAUAUGUACACAACGACACUCCGUCUGGUGCCAUUUGAUAUUCUUCAUAUUUUCUAUAAGUAUUUUGCAAUAAUAUCUGCAUCUUAUUGAAGAAGAAUGAAGUUAUGUUUAUAGUGAAUAGAAAAAGUGCAGAAUUUUUUUUUAGAAAAAAGAAACUUAUGCUUAAAGUUUGAAGAGCACAGGUUUUUCAGAAUAUUAUUCAGAACAUUACGAUUUCCUCCAUUAAUAGCCCAAUAAACCGGCCUAGAGAGACAUCAGUUUUAGUCAAGAAGAUUUUAUAUCGUGACUUGACGAGAGAAUAAUUGAAUGGUGAUUAUAUUUGGUAGUGUUCUAACUUCCGGUCACUCAAACUCUGUCUGUUCUUAUUAUAACAAUAUAUAUUUAUUCUAUAUCUGUGAUAGACUUAUUUCAACUUUUUUAUUUAACUUUUUUUUUCUCCUAUUACUUCUGAAAUUGUGUGCAAUAAUUACUGUAAAAGUCAUAUAUUUUCGUGGGGUCAAACUUGCCAAGUUGGAGGAAAAAAUAUAAGUUCUAUGGGAUUUGAUUUCGUGGAUUGAAGAAGUGUUGAGCUCUUAUACAUUUUAAAUAUUGCAUAUCAUAUACAUUUCUGGAGGAUAUGAAUUUGUGGUUUCCUCGCACCACGAAAACAACAGAAAUUAAUCCCCAUGAAAAUUUAUGAUUUAACAGCAUACUUUUAAUUGACUGUGAAAUGUGUCUAAAUGCAACUUAGUUCUUGAUGCUGUAAUGUCAUGUGUAUGUAAUGUUUUUAGAUAAUACUAUUUAUUUAACAAUACUUUUAUUUUUUAAAUACUGUGCAUUAUGCUUGUAUAUUCAAAUUCUGCAUUUUGCUUCCAUUUCGAAUACCUUUUAUAUCUGAAGAGUACAUAUAAACCCUUAAUACUUCAUUAUUAUGUAUAUAUUCUCAGCAUUUCUUGUCCCAGUCAUUCAGUAAUUUUUACACAUUUAUUAUAUAAAUGAGAGCGUUUUAUUUCUUCAAAUGUUUUUAAAUUUUCGCUUGGCUUUCUUGAUUUCUGCAGAUUCUUACCCGACAUAUUUGAAAGAACGAUUAAUAAUGAACAUCUGAGGGUUUAUGUGGUAAUCAAUCUGUAAUAAAAUAAGUUAAUGGUAUAUGAUACAGUCUGACGAUUAUUCUCUAUUUGGAAUGGGAUGUGAAUGUAAUAUACCUGUAGAUUUCAGGGCAAUGAUACCACGUUAACUAAUUAUAAAUAAACAAUGAUGCAUAUUAUAGAAGGUCGGCCAUAGAUAUGUUUAACCAUCCGUUAAGACUCUUUCUAAAGAGAUAAGUAACUUUCCAUCUGUGAUCGAUAUAACAUUUUAAGGAGGACGUGAUGUAUGAAGUUCUUCAUGUCUUUAUUAAGAAUUCAGUUUAAUCUAGUCAAGACUUUCAAUCUCUGUUCAAUCAAGCACUUGCAUGUAUUAAAUAUUGUCAUACGAAAAUAAUUGGGAAAGUUCCUUCAUAAGGAUUCUCCGUGUAUUUAACGGAUUUUUCAAUUUAUGAUAUAAGUUAAUUAAUGCAUUUAUUUAAAAAGUUUAGAAAAUACAAGCAAAUCUUCCUGUGUAAUGCAUUCAUCAAGUAUGUUAUAAAUAAUAAAUGAUUAAAAUAAUUACGGAAUACUGAGAUUAUGGUGGAAUGGAUUGAAGUUUUGUAAAAUGAAAAAACAAAACAAAACCAAAAAAAAAAACCCCCCCCCAAAAAAAAAAUAACACGUGAACUGAAGAAGAUAUAUUAUAAAUCAUAUAUACAGUGUAUACCUGAAAAUAGUCAAAAAACAUAAAGAAAAAUUUCAAUGAAAAGAAAACUCUACUUUUCUUGUUUGGUCUGUUUGGUUUUUACUAUUUAAAUAUUUUUUGCUACACAAAAUUAUGUAACUUGUUAUUUAUUUCAAUAAGUUGACUAGCUAUUUUCGAGAGUUUACAUGCAUGGGCACUCAAAUAAGUCAUCAGUAUUGUAUAUAAGUUUCGAAAUCAAUGGAGCCGCUAUUCUUCUUUUUUUUUUCAUUGCAAGCAUUUUUAAAACAACCCAAGACAUUCCUCUAUUUUAAUCUUCGUUAAUGUUGUUGUUGCAGAUUUUAUUAUUUGAAUAAAUUUACAAUAUUUUA